AAAAACUGCAGCAGCAACUGUCUGACACAUCUGGACCGGAGAGGGGGGGAGGCCUGGCUGUCGGAGCGAGCGCGCUGGAGGGGAAUGGACACCAUUUAAGGCUGAUCUGCAAGACGGACCUAUGAUCACGCUGAGGAUGGAACAAAACGAUGGUGCAGUCGGACUGCAGCGCACACGCUCCCAGUGGCAUCCAGGGGCUGCCGACAAACUGGAGAAACACAUUCAAGAAAUGGACGACGGCAGCUACAUCGAGUUUGAUGUGCCGGAGUUCAGUAACACUGUUCUGACCCAACUCAAUGAGUUGCGGCUUCAAGGGAAAUUGUGUGACAUUAUCGUUCACAUUCAGGGGCAGCCAUUUCGAGCCCACAAGGCCGUCCUGGCAGCUAGUUCACCUUACUUUCGUGACCACUCGGCUCUCAGCACUAUGAGUGGCCUUUCCAUUUCAGUCAUUAAAAGCCCUGAAGUGUUUGAGCAGCUUCUGGCGUUCUGCUAUACAGGUCACAUGUCCCUACAACUCAACGAUAUCAUCAGUUUCCUCACUGCAGCAAGCUUUUUGCAGAUGCAGGCGAUCAUUGACAAGUGCACCCAAAUCCUGGAGAGCAUCCAUUCCAAGAUCAGUCUUCCAGUUAGUGUUUGCAGCCCAGAGAAGGACAGCUUGCAGACAAGCCGCAAUGGGGUGAACGACAGCAACCUCUUUAUAAAUCCUACCCAGAUCUCCCCCCCUUAUUACUCCCGCCAUGGUCAGGCCGGGUUGGAGCUGGCAGGAAAAGGCCAGGGCAGAGUCAGGCACCAAGAGGAAGCCCAGUCGGACCGUGGAAGUAGUGACAGUGUGUCAGAGCACGAGGCACCCAUAGAGGGUGAAACGGAGCAAGUCGAACUUAUUGGCAAGGAUGGGCAGGUAACAGAUGUGCACGUGAAGGUAGAAAAGACCAACAUGCCAACUUACUCAGAUAGUUCCUCAGCCGGUGAUGAUGGCUACCACACCGAGUUGGUGGAUGGAGAUCAGGUUGUGGCUGUUAGUGUGGGUUCCUACGGUCCUGUCAUCCAGCCUGCUGCCUAUUCUUACUCAGGGCUGACCUCACCAUGCUUCGUCAAUCUUAACAGCUCCAGUCCUUCUCGUUCCAUGCUCAGUGGCUUCAGAGGUGGGCGAGCAAGAUCAAAGCGUCCAAUGGCCAUUCCAGCAGGUGUGCUGAGUCAUGUAAAAUCAGGCUCAGAUGACGGUGAAUCAUCUGUGGGGCGCACCGGGUUGGAGAACGACGUACGAGAGCGUAGCCUGCGGGGCCAGUGGUACCCUUACAACGAACGACUCAUUUGCAUUUACUGUGGAAAGACCUUCAAUCAGAAAGGAAGCCUGGACCGCCACAUGCGUCUACAUAUGGGAAUUACUCCCUUUGUUUGUAAAUUCUGUGGCAAGAAGUAUACAAGGAAAGAUCAGCUGGAGUACCAUAUCCGUGGACACACAGACAACAAGCCCUUCCACUGUCAGAUCUGUGGUAAAUGCUUCCCAUUUCAGGGCACCCUUAACCAGCACCUGAGGAAGAAGCACAUGGGAGCAACAGAGGUUAACAAUCACAUGGACUCCCCAGAGAGGACGGAGGGAAGCUCAGGCCCCAAGGACCAAGAGGAUACAUCAGAGGGGAUGGUCUUUGAGGCACAAUAUGCAGAAGAGGCACCGGCCAAUGAUAUGGAAGAGAGUUCAAAAUGCAGUCCAGAGGAGGCUCAAGCAUCAAGAUGUGAUUUUUAGGUCCUGCUUCAGGUUAAGGAAGCUUUAAGUUUAAAUAACUCACUUCUUUUCGAAUCAGCUCCCUCUGCUAUGGACAUUUCUUCAGUCAAGGGAUUCUGCCAAUUUUGUGAAAGUUAGAUGUUAAAAUGCAGAAAGAACAUGGGCGCUUUAUAGAAAUUCUUUCAAGCAAAGGGAGUAACAACUUACUAUUUUUAAGGAGGUCCCAAUAAUCAAGAUCUCCAGUUGAUUUCUCUUUUUAUCUUUCCAUGUUUUUUAAAAACAUAUUUACAGAGUUAUAUAGGCAUGUUGCAAUAAUUGAUAAUGUGAAAGCUCUGGUAAGAUGCUUGUCAUAUCACCUUUUUACCUGACCUGUUUUUGCACAUGUGGCCACUGGAGGUCACUUACUCACAAGGAAUGAUUUUUCUGCCAGUGCAAAGCUUCGUGUAACAUAUCCGUUCAAUACCUCAUGAUGCAACUACACACUCAUAACAGACAGUAUUUUAACUUAAAUGAAACUCACCAGGUUCUACCUCAUAGCCAAGAACCUACCAGGCACAGAUGUGUUAACCGUUUGUUAACCGUUUACCCAUUUUACGUUUAUGUACAGUUUAUCUUAUUGCCAAGCCCUGUAAAGAUUAUUCUUUGAACACAAAGCCUUGAUACUUUAGGGAAAUAUUCCUUGCUGAUUGUAUGGAUUAGGGACAAAGUCCUAGUUAAUUGAUUCAUGGUCAGCCAAGUUAAAAUGUUAAGAAGGUGCUAUGUUUAAGGAGUACAUUGAACCUGCUAGCUUACUUUUAUGCUUUUUGGCAAAUGUGGAAAACAUAUUAAGAGAAUGGCCCUGUUUUAAAUUUUCAAAAUACAAUUUUUGCUGUCUUUUAAUAUUUGUUAUAUAAAACACUUCAGGAUUUUAUUGCGCAUCACUACUGGAAGUCUCAUUCAGUUUGCCAAGGUGGUUUUGAGAUGCUUCCAUCCAUAUAUAUUGGGUAAAUAACGUCCAUAGUUGUUUGUAUUCCUCUGUACUCAGAUGGCAUAUCUGUACAGAAAUAUUAUAUGUGUACUUUUCUUAUUCGAAGGUAGGCUUCUAAUUUAAAAACUCAGUGUCUGACGGAGACGGGAGUACUCGCUGUUAGCUUAGCACACAAGGAACAGUCUGAACAUUAUGCAAACAGAAAGAACAAAGGAAACUCAGCCAUCCUGACAUGGUUUUUAUUCUAUUAUCUAUGAAAAGCUUUGUUUUAUUUUUUCUGUUAUGUUUCAGAUUUGGAACAUGUUUCUGUUGUUUGUCAAUCCUACUUUAUUGCAUUUCCAUAGUUGUGGCAUAGCUGAAUUAGGGUUCAUGGGUAAAUGAUUUAAAUGCAGUUGGUGAUUCUAAGUAUUUAUGCACUUUGCAGAGUUAGGUUUUGGUUUAGACAGAGCGCUGCCGCAGUGAUUAAUCGUUUAAACUUAUCUGUCUCAGUCUGGAUAAAGCAGAGAGAUUUCAGAGAAGGACCUGUUUCACAACAAUGAAUUUGACUUAUGAAUUGGUGAACGUGGGUGACACUCUGCAGUCUCAUGAAUACGGUUGUCUGCAUGACAUGAAUACGACAGCUUACAGUUGUAUCCAUACUCCGACUUAGGGGGAUCGGGAGUGGAGAGAUUUUCUAAUAUAGAUGAGAAUUGAUUUCCACGUAGUUUAAUAAUCAAAAUUCACUGUAAAACGGCACUUAGAGGGCCAGAUUAAUUGCAGGUUUAAGCUCGGUCAGCGCUUAUCUUCUUGCUUUUCUCUUUUCUUUGCCAUCCAGCUGUUAGUUGCUUUUUUAUCAAAGAGCACCUGCUAUGUCCUUUAAUUUUCUCCUAUCUAUUCAAGCUGAAUUUGUUUUUGUUUGUCAAAUGACAAUUGAUUACUUUAGUUUUCAUAUAAUAUUGUACUGAGUGUGUGUUUUGGUGGGAGGAUAUUGUGUUUUGUUGUUUUUGUCAGAUUUUGAGUCGAGAGUGCAGUUCUUUAAUUUUUUUAUUCCUCUGAAUGUGCAGUCAUCGUCUUCACUUAUUAACAGAUAAGAUGGCAUACCAAAAUUUGGGGAAUUUUUGCAAAAAUCAGUAUAGCUAGCUUUUCUUUAUCUUUGUGUACGAAUUGAUCACAAACACUUUUUCGUUUUCACUAACAGUCUCUCAGCCUCUACAGCACUUUGACAAGUUUGUUUCCAGAAGCUGACGCAUGCAGGUUCCUCAGUUGAUUUAAUAACACCGAUAUCAGUUGCUGACUAAUCUGAACCUCACUGCGAUGGCUUUAGCUAUUCAGUUUGCAUACUUUUUGCAUUAUUUUGGAGUUUUAUUAGUAUUGAUUUGUGAAUAAUGGGUACAAACCGCUUAAAUAAUUUUGUGCCAAGACGUCGCACCAAAGACUAAUAGCUGAAUCUCAUGACAAAGCAUAGAAUUCAUUGGUAUUCACAAGUAAAGUUUGUUUCCCAGCUUAUAACAGCCACUUGUGUGAAAUUUGAACAAUAUACAUGAAAGACGUUGAGCAGUAAAGUCGUAUUAAGCCAUACAAGCGCUGAUAACAAAAGCUGUGCAAUAGGUAUAAUUAUUUAAAGCCUACAUAAACGGAAGAGAGGAUACGUCAGUGGCAUCUUAAACUUAGUGCCUUGCCACAAGCUUUAUACUCAUACUUUAGAUCCUGGCACUUUGAUGUAUGUGCCUCUUUUCAUUUUGAAAUUAUUUAGUGAUGAGAUUAUAGAAUAUUAUAUCCAUAUUACUUAUAUUUGUGUUAAGCGGUGCCAAGAAUGAAUAGAAAUGACUUCAUGCCAUUCUUUGUAGUAUGCUUAGCUUAAGUCCUUUCCUUCACUUUUGAUUACAGGUUUGUGUUUGUCUCUUUUUUUUUUCUGUGCAUGAGAUGAGCAACUGAUUUUAAGGUGUAAAUGACUUCUUUUUUUUUUUUAAACAGUUGACCACAAUCAAAGAGCCAGACUGGUUUCCUGCAAGCCACUGCUCCAUGUUCAGAGACUUUACACUAAGACAAUCUGAACAAUGUACUGUAGUUAAAGCAUUUCAGUGAAGGAAAGAGAUGCUUGAGAAACACAAAUCAACUUUCUUUCAGUUUUCUCAGAGCAUCUGACAGGGAAACUCUGCUUGGAUAAUUAGCAGAUAAUCAAGCUUAAGAAGUUAAGCUGCUUUUUAUUAUUUGUUUUUUAAAAGUUUAUUUUCAGCUACUGUAGCCAAACAGGACAUUUUCAACCACAAAGUUUGACAAAAUUGUCAAAUGAUUUGUUUGUGCACUUAUAUUAUUAUUAUUAUUAUUGUUUUUUUUUUUUUUAAAGAUACCAGACCUACAUCUGGGAGGUAUUUAUUAUCUCCCUGUCUGAUCUUUUUAUAGGGUCAUAAUUCCCUCAACUAUUAUAUACGGUAGGGACCUUAUUCAUUUUUUUUUCUUCUCGUAAGUGGUGCUUUCAGACACUUUUUCUUUUUUUUUUUUUUUUCUCCUCCCUUAAAAUUAGUAACAAUGCCCAUAUAUUCAUGUUUGGUCAAUGGAGGUGGAGUUGAAAAGCUUUUUUUUUUAUUUUUUUAUUUUUUUAUCAACUAUGGUUUCUUCUGUAACAGUACACUUACAUACACCAACAGAAGUUGACACACGAGUCAACUCUGUCAACCUUUAGUUCCACCACCCUGAGAGAGGAACAGGAAAUGCAUUUUGGGCCACAAGUAAUCAAAUGAAAAAGUGUUUACAAGAAAGGCUGUCAGACUACUUUUUGAAAAUUGCAGCUCAACCUAUUCCUUUUGUAAUAAAUUAAACUCACUUCAGGUAGUUUACAAACACUGAUACAGGCUUAGGGGGGAAAAAAAAUCACAAGUCUUCCAUAGCUUUUCUGUCAGUUUCUGUCCACUGUGUAUUAUCGAGAAAAAAAAAGCAAUAACCUUUUUGAAAAUAGAAGGGGUGUAUAGGGAUCAUCAAGGCUGUUGAAAUAUUGGCCUGUCAUGUAUCAAACAAAUUAAAUGUCAGGGAGCUUUUGAAUUGAAGUAGGACCAGGACAAUUGGAUAUUGACUUAAAAACAACUUACUCUUCAAAAGAUUAACAAGUUAAAAAAAAAUAAAAAAAUCCAGUGGUAGUAAGUUAAGUGCAACACAGACACCGAGCACGUGCUUCAGUCAUGAAACCCGGCACUGUUCAGGGUUGCACCUCCAGCCUAGUCAAAUAAUGAAAGGGAUUUUUGGUCUGUAUCGCCACUGUUUGGGAGCGGGCUUCCUGUUGCCAUGUCGCGGUUCAGAGGUCUCCUUUGGCUCUUCAGGCACAGAGACAGUUGUAGCAGUUCAGGAUCGAAGGGCAAGUUUUCUCUCUAGCUAUAGUUCCUUGUCCAUUUUCCAGUCUCCUAAAACUCUGCACAAUAACGUCUCCGGCUCUCAUGUAUUUGGUGAUGGCGAAAAACAAAAACCUAACAUAGAACUCAGGGUAUAUAAUGCUAAAAGUGGUAUCACUGGACAUCCACUCUGUGUCCAUAGUUUGUGCACUUCUCUUCAGGUGAGGAAGCAAGUCUUCAGUCAGUGGUUCCCAAACAUUCUGCCUCAAGGUCUCAAUGAGCCCUUAUUUUCCACAGCUGAAACUUGAGGCCCACUGGAGACCGUGAACUGAGCCAUGACGGCAGAAAUGUCGCAGCUCCUGUUUGUCCACUCUACACACAACCUCACAACCCAACUGUGAACCUCAGAACUCUACUGUUUUGUACAACUAUGAAGUAAAUGAAGCUAGCUAGAGCUGACGUAUCUAUUGCCAUUUAUGAAUUUAUUUUAUAGCAUGAAAUAAAUAUAUUUAUUCAAAUUAUAUAUUUUACUCAUAAUCAUUCUGUGCUGCUUCAUUUUGGUUCUUAAGCUUGUAAAUUGCCUUUUUAUUAUUAAAAAAAAAAUGUCGAUAGAUUAAUGCGUUUGUAAAUUAAAGACGCUGAUUUGGCAACAUCUUGUCUCUUUUGUUUCCCACAAGUGGAUUGAUGGUAUUCUGUGUGUGUGUGCGCGCCCGUGCGCGUUUUAGCAAGAUGACUGAACCUCAACAGUUCAAAAUGUGUUUUUCUAGCAUGCAGGAAAUUUACAUUACAUGUUUAUUGAGAGUUUAAACACCACGUUGAGAAGUGAAUAAUGUGUGUGCAACUUUAAUCCUCCAGGGGGGGCUAUAGAAUGACAAAUAACCCCAAAGGCCGCUGAUCUUUGGGGCCACAUAGUACAGCAUUUUCCUAUCAAGCUU